CAGAGUAUUUAACUUGGAAAGGUAAGGUGCUAGGAGACCAAACCGGCAAGUCAUUUUAAUUGGAAAAGUAAAGCAAGUUAAAAGUGCAGUUCGAGACAUUGAAAAACAAAGAAAGAAAAAAGUGAAACUGUCCCCCACACAAUUAUACACCGUCCACGGUUUACUAAGGAACAAGCCUGAAACCUUGAACAAAGACUGUUGCCAUCUAGUGGAAGCCAUAGGAAUUGCAUUGCAUUGGAUACCAGAUCAGCCCGCAAGGAGUGAAGAUGGAAGGGUGGUCCCCGUAAAUUGGGCUGGAGUCCUGCAAACGACAAAGCCUUCCACCAACUGAAGGGAUGUUUCACCUCCACCCCGUUGUCCAAAAACUCAGAACCUACGCUGCCCUUUGUGGUGGAUGUGAAUACUUCAGAAGUGACCGUGGGGGCUGUCCUAUCCCAACGACAAGGUUAUGAAUAGAAAUAUUGUCCCUUUGUAAAUUACAAAAAAAAAACUGUCUCACACAGAGAGGAACUAUGACGUCAGCAAUCGGGAGCUCUGGCGGUGAAGUUUGCAUUAGAGGCGUGGAGACACUGGAUGUAGGGCGCCAAGGACCCAUUCAUCAUCCUCACUGACAAUCGGAACCUGGCGUACAUAUGGACAGGAAAAUGACUUUUUUUUUAACUUGAUUUGACUUCACUCUGACGUAUCGCCCAUGUUCAAAGAACACCAAGCCAAUGCCCUGUCACGUCUCUAUACGAUUCGGGAGAGGUUACUCGAUUCGGGAGAGUUAUAGCCUCCGUGGUCUGGGACGUAGAUGUGGAUAAUCGCCAGGCCCUGAAGAGGGAACCGGCUCCGGACCUGAGCGUAGACAGCUAUUGUCGCUGAACAUCCAGGUCGCUGAGGCACUGUUCCAGCAGGACUCCCGGCACUAUGGCCUUCCGGAAUACAUCGUCUCCGACCAUAGUCCCCAAUUCACGUCACGAGUAUGGAAAGCCUUCAUGGAGAAGCUGGGGGUACACAGUCAACCUCACUUCCGGGGUACUGGCCUCAGUCUUACAGGCAGGUGGAGAGGAUGGCCCAGGAGCUGGGGAGUUUCCUGAGUCUCUGCCAGGACCGGCUGACUCCCUUCCAGUGUGCUUUGGGUUAUCUGCCAGCCCUGGCGCCGUAGACCCCAAGCCAGACCGAAGCCCCUGCAGUGGACAAGUGGUUCAGGAGCGAAGAAAAGGUUUGGAACAACGCACACGUGAGGCUCCAGUGCACCAUCCGCUGUCAGAAGGAGCAGACGGAUCGCCACAGCAGCCGGUGGUUCCUGGUCCCCUGUCUGAAGCCGUCCAUCACGACACCCUUCUGCAUCCCUACACCUUUCUGCAUCUCCCGCCUAUGCCUUUCAGAAUCCUCCUGGAAUUCCGACAUUGUGGGAAUUUAUUUUUUUAUUUGUUUAUUGAAAAUUCGAAACAUAAUAUACCUACAGUGAAGCCGCUCAAUAACUACAUCGUACCAGUCAUCCAACAGAUUCCCAUUGAGAGAGACACACAGAAGCUUCCAGGGUCAAUGCCCUGCUCAAGGGCAUGUUGACCGAUCGACCACCAGGCCACAAAACGUGAACAUGAACCCUCCAAGAUCCCCCACACAGUUCCCCAAAAGCUGUCCCUCCACCAUUCGAGACCCCUCCCACACUCCACCCCCCAGGAAUAUUUUUUUUAAUAAAAAAUACAACUAAUUCCAUUCCCCAAC